AUGCUGAAGGUUAUAAACCGCAGCCUACGGGCCAAAAACCAGGCCUCAAGGGUCCUCACGCGCUGGAAUGAAACGAAGGAAAAGGCGGCCAUGAAGGAUGGUAUACGACAAGAAAACCACAGGAAUCAGGUUAUCGCAAAACAAAUUAAGGCCUCUCGCAUGGCGGAGAAGGAGGACCGUUUGCUAGGACCUAUAGCUCCCCGUAGGGCAAUUACGCAGGCGGACGCUCAGGAGUAUGGAACAGUUCCCAUAGAAAAACUCCAGCCACAAUUUGUUCCUGCGGAACAGCGGAUCAGAUAUUGGAACAUUGCCCCGGGGGAUAGGGUUGUGCUCUUGAAGGGACAUGAUAGGCAUAAGAUUGGAGUUGUUAAGAGUUUGGACAAGAAGAACAAUGUGCUCACCGUUAAGGGAGUGAAUAUGGUUCCUAUAUUAAAUCCUGAUGCGACUGAGGGGAGCAGUCCAGUAUUCUACAUGGAAGCACCCGUCAAAUACGAAGAUGUCCGCCUCGUAUACCCUCUGCCCGAUCCCGAGACCGGAAUUCCUAAAGAUACGAUCAUUGCCAAUAUCAAAAUGUCAAAGAUUUUUACCAACAAGAAGACAAAGGCAAGAACUUGGGAGAGGUUAGUCCCUGGUAUGGAGGGUGUUACGAUCCCAUGGCCUGAGAAGGAGGCCCCCAAGCGUGCCGACACAGCCGUCGAUACCAAGAUCUACGACGUCGAUAAUACCACCUUCAAGCCGACCUUGUUGAUCCCACCGAUGCCAGCGGGCGUGAUUGAUGAGCUCCGAAACAAGUACUCCAAGUUCAGGACAAGGCACGAUCAGAGCUAUAUCGCCAAGAAGACUGCGGAGGAAGAUGCAAGACUGGAACUGGCCCAGGCAAGGGUUUUAACACCGGUCCAGGAGCUCAACAGGAAGCUCAGGGAGGAGAGGAAAGCUUUGGGCAAGCCAGUCUUGUCCGAUGCUAUGUUGGAGAAGAUUGGAAGAGUUAUGGCACAGAACCGCCCAGAGCUAUUGGUGGGCGUUCAGGCUGUUCCGGCUGGGGAGGAGGCGGUGGUGUAA